UCUCUGUUUAAGAUUUGAUAGCCAAAGGCGGGCCCUUUACAUCCUGCUUCCUUAAUCUCGUACAACGACUCUUAUUACCAUUUCCGUACACACAAGGCCCUUCCCUCGUUCUUUCUGCCGUCUAUAGCUAUUUCUCAAUAGAAACUCCACUAGGGUUUCAAAGAUUACAACAGUGAUGAUGGUCCCUGCGAAUCACCAAGAAAAUAGACAUGCAGUUGGUGGAGAUGGGCUAGAUGUGAUGGUGGCCUUUGAUGAUGUGCAGAAUACUACUGGUCUUGAUGCCAUGGAAGAAGACGGCGGAGCGAUGUGGCUUGGGCGGCAAGGAGAUCUGCUUGAUCAUGAGAAUGAAGCCGACAUCUUCUAUCUUGAUUUCCCUCCCCUGCCGGAUUUUCCAUGCAUGUCGUCGUCUUCCUCUUCUUCAUCCACUCGGGCGCCGGUAAAGCCAAUCUCGUCAACUUCCUCUUCCAGCUCUUCCUCGGCGGCUUCAUCGGCAGUGCUGAAGUCUGAUGCAGACAAAGAUGUGGAGAAGAAGAACCAGCGUUACUACCAUUUCCAUGAUCAGAUGGAAGUGCCGCCGGCAGCCUUGUCGUCCACGGCUUCCAUGGAGGCCCUUCCGCCGCCUACUGAAGAAGAUAUGGGAGACGUAGAUUGCAUGGACGUGAUGCAGAGUUUUGGGUGCAUGGAUCUGAUCGAUCCUGGUUAUAUUUGGGACCCAUCCUCCAUUAAUUUCCAGAGUGAAAACUUUGAAGAAUAUCAUCAAGAUCAAACGCUCCAAGAAGACUCGAAGCAAGGGAUUCUGCAACAGUGUAAUCAUGAUCUGCAGGAAAACGAUAAUGGUGGUCAAGGGCAGAGACCUUUGGAUGAGCUUGGCGCCAUGUUCUUUGAGUGGCUGAAGUCCAACAAAGAGUACAUAUCUGCCGAAGAUGUAAGAAGCAUCAAGCUCAAGCGCGCCACCAUAGAGUCUGCUUCAAAUCGUUUGGGCAGCUCGAAGGAAGGCAAGAUGCAGUUACUGAAGCUCAUUCUUGAAUGGGUUGAACAGUACCAACUCCAGAAAAAGCGACAGAGAGAAGAAGCCUCUCCAUUCCCUUCUCAGUGUCAAGAACCUUACCAAAACCAAAAUCCUAAUCCGAACACCAGUAUUUUCACGCCCUCCCCAUGGAUGCCGCCUCCACCGACGCCUUAUGCUGCUGACCCUGCAGCUAUUAUAGCAGCCCCGGUGGCUUUUCAGUCGAUGGCCGGCUACGUCAGUGAUCCCUACGCUGGUUCUACUCCAGUCCCUUUGAACCAGACCAUCAAUGGCCAUCCGGUUUAUCAUACAGAAUUUCAUCAAGUUGUCGAUUCCCCAUCAUGGCCUUAUGGGAUGGCAUUGCAAUACAGCCCAUUCCCGCAGAAUAAUUGUAGUGCCCCUCCGGCCAUGCCUCACCCUCAUGCCUUUGCUGGAUAUGGAAAUCAGUAUCCGUACAGCUAUUAUCAGGGGAUCAAUGGUGAGAAGUUGGAGAGAAUGGGUUCCUCUGCCACUAAGGAAGCCAGGAAGAAGCGGAUGGCGCGCCAGAAGCGGCUUCUCCCGCAUCAUCGGCCUCACAAUCACCAUAACCAUCAAAACCGGCUUCACAAUCCGAAUGCUAUAGGGCUUCGCAGCGAAAACUGCACUGCUGCAGCCGCCAACUGGGAACACUGGCGCCCAGCAACCACUGCCCUUGCGUCUAAUUCAGCCUUGCCGAUGAUGCCAGCAUCAGCCGACGCACAUCAGCCGCGUACCACCGAGGAUCGACAGCCAAAACAUGGACAAAAGAAUCAGCUGCGGCAGCAAUUGGCAGACCAGCGGCAGGGCUGGAAAUCUGAGAAGAACUUGAAAUUUCUGCUGCAGAAAGUGUUGAAGCAGAGUGAUGUCGGUAGUCUUGGAAGGAUUGUGUUGCCAAAAAAAGAGGCAGAAACCCAUCUUCCAGAGCUUGAUGCAAGAGAUGGGAUUCCAAUCGCCAUUGAAGACAUUGGAACCUCUCGCGUCUGGAACAUGCGCUACAGAUUCUGGCCCAACAACAAAAGCAGGAUGUACCUCCUUGAAAACACAGGAGACUUCGUGCGAGCAAACAGACUGCAAGAAGGAGAUUUCAUAGUGAUAUACUCGGAUGUCAAGAGUGGAAAAUAUCUGAUAAGAGGAGUGAGGGUGCGGCAACAAGGAUCUAAAUGUGAGGCCAAAAAGGCAGAAAAGAGUCCCAAAAGCCUGCGGACUGCAUUGCCGGCGGCUGGUAAUAGCCUAUCGUUCUCCCCCCAGCCAUCAGCAGAAGAUUGAAGAAGAAACAGAUCAAACCCUUCACUUCCAUCCCAUAUAUGUCUAAGUUAAUUUCCUGCAAUAUUAAUCAAUAUGUACUAUGAUGUAAAUUAAGAUGGGAAUGGUGAUCUAACUCGAUGUCAAGAGCUUCUGGGUGAGCCUUCCAUUUCUAUGUACACCUUUGUCUCUGGCUGGCUUACCGAAAUUAAAGUUGAUGAGAACCAUUAA